CAUCAGUUACAACUUAUUCGAUCAAUCGUAUACGACGUCGUGUAGUAGUAAAAUUUAUCUCAAAAUCAUCAACAAAAUGAAAUUCUUGGUUGUUUUUUUGGUCAUCGUAAGCUGUGCAUUUGGUGCAUUGCUGCCAACCAUCUCCCAUUCCCAUCAAGUGCAUCAACCAGUUUCGCAUCAUGUUCCUGUUUCACACAGCGCACCAAAAGCCUACGCCGCCCCAGCUGCCUCCGCAUAUAGUUCCUCACCUGCAUACUAUACUCCUGCUUCUCAUCAUGUAAGCGGCGAGGCUGCAGCACCAAUUCUCCGCUCAUCUUCCGACAUUCGUCCCGAUGGCCAGUAUUCUUAUGAAUACGAAACUGGCAACGGAAUCUCUGUUCAAGAAGGUGGUCAUGCCUCAAAAGCUGUCCAUGGUUCAUUUUCAUAUACUUCACCUGACGGAACUCCAAUACAUUUGACUUAUGUGGCCGAUGAACAUGGUUUCCGUCCUGAAGGGGCCCACCUCCCAGUUGCCCCAGAAACCCCUCCAGCAAUAUUACGGAGUCUUGAAUACAUCGCUGCUCAUCCAUACAAAGAAGAAGCCAACUAUCAUAACACCGGUUACUAUGCUCCAGCCGCUCCACAAACGAAUUACGCACCGGUUGCCAAAUCCAUUCCAGUCACACAAAAACCAUCUUACUAUAACUUCCAUGGUCAAUACUAAGUUUGAAUUUUUUAAUACUGCUGUUUGGAAACUAAAUUGAAUAAAAUAAUGCAUAUACUCAAUCAAAA